AUGGCUAGUUUCUCGUAUCCGUUUCCUGGUGAUCGCCAACUCGACGGUUGUAUCAUUUCCUCUGAACAGUGUCCUAUUCGAGCCACAAAGGAUAAAUAUAUUGCAAUCACUGCCAACUCACCACUAUUCGCAAUCGAUUGUGAAAUGUGCGUUUCGAAGAGAGGCAUCAGUGAACUUACGAGAGUAACUUUGGUAAGUUUCAUUAUCGUUGAUGAACAAUGCAGAGUGCUGUUGGAUACGCUCGUGAAGCCAUACGAGCAAAUAGUUGAUUAUACUUUGACAGAUCUUUUUUUGGGUGAGACGAUUCAAGACAAACGAGGACAUUGCUCAGUGGAGGAUGCUGUCGCAACAAUGCGUUUAAUAAAAAUGAAACUGCAAAAAGGCUUCGAAUUCGGCAAUGUUUCGUUUGGUUGGAAUUUUGACGUGUGGGCACGGCAGAAUGGUUUGACGACGAGUGGUGCGAGGAUCGCAACGAUUCGACCAUAUUCACAAAUCUCAUCUGCAGGAAAGGAGGAUUAUUCCGAGCAAGAACAACCACCGAGGAAACGAAAACGUUCAGGCGAGCCAUCUCGAGCAGAGAGAAACGAAACUACUGAUCGUGAUAAUCGGUUAUGUGAUGAGUGUGGACGUGCAAAGAAUGUGAAGUGUUCAGUGAAGGAUUGUGCGUGUGUCGCGAAUCGUACAUCGGUUUGUGUGGUGUGUUGUUCUAUGAAGAACGAGCCGGAGGUAUCGGAUGCAUCUGGUGAACAUUUGGAUUGGAGUUCAGCACUUGGAACAAGCUCGUAUAUUGGAACGAAGUCGUUGAUUGAUGAGGUGCUGAAAACAAAAGACAAAAGUAUCCUGUGUUGUACGCACGAAAAUUAUUGCAACUUUGAGUCUUCACGAAGAACGAAAUUUCACGACAGUCGUUCCUUCGAGUCGGCCGAAGCGUUGGUGGAGACGAUAAGUGAGGAACUAUUACAGCACAAUCUGGCGGUGAUUGAGCUGGAUUCAGAAUUGUUAUCGAAAUCUGAAGAAGAUGAGUCGUCAACUGCAAAACACGUCGAUAAUAUCGUUGAAAGUUUAGUGGCUAGUGCACCGCCUAAAUCGUUGAUUGCUUUGAUUCUUUCAUCGCCACAAGAGUCCACUUGUCGUAUCUCGAUGAAACCAUAA